AAAACUAUUUUAUUAAAAAUUUUAUUUCCGUUCUAAUCAGAUAUUUGUAAGUUGUCAGAAAGCAAAAAUAAUUUUAGCAGGAAUUUAAUUUCCAAACUUUUUGACAAACCUGCUGAUUUUGCCAAAUUUUUAUAAAUUUCUUCCCCUAAGAUAGACUUAUUUUAGUUUCCAAAGAAAAAAGACAACAGAAUUUUGUGAAAUAAAAAAUAUAAGUUAUUUUGUGGAAUUUGUAAAUUAUAAAUUAUGAUGUCAAUCUUGUUUAUAUUUCCUUUGACGUAUUUAAAACUGUGACAUGGUUUAUUUCUAUUUUUCUGUCAUCUAAUAAAUAAUUCAUACAAUAUCUAAUGAAUGUUAGAAUGACAUAAAAAAUUUAAUGGAGUAAAUACAAACCAGGUCAACAAAGAUGAUGAAAUAGAAAGGUUAAAUGGUGAAAAUACUUGACCCCGUAGUUUUUAAAAAAAUAUGCAAAAUAUGCAAAAAUUUAUUUGCUUAUAACUUCAAGAGAAAUAGACAUUAGCUUAUUGUCAACCAUGUUUUCAACGAAAUUCUAAAAAAAAAAAAUUAUAUAUAUGAACCUGACAGUGCUGACGUCAUAAAAUUUAAAUGAAGGCUCUUUGUCAAUUUCCCUCUGCCUAAGUGGAUGUUUCAAAAAGAUAUUUAUUUUGAUCUGAAUUCUUCUUUAAUGUGUAUUUAAGGACACAUAAAUUUAAAAUCAAACCAUUUUGUUCUUUAGGUCUGUUAGAUUACUUUUUUUCUAAAUUAACUGAAGUUGUUGAUGCCAGUUUGCUUUUUUAGUGUUCAAUUUUAUGUUUGGUCUGUUCUCCAAAAAUACUGAUUUUUUGCAGUUAUAAGAAUAAACUUUAUCAAUAACCUAUUGUUAUUUUUCAGAAAAAUAAGAAAGUGCCCUUUUAACCUGCAAAAUGCUUUUAAACUCUCACCAUGUGGUAUUUCUACUUAUAAUUACAGGUCAGAUGAUUAGAUGAAUUUGCCACUCAUUAUUUUCCUGUAUUUUUAUUUGUGUUAAAUGUGGAGUAAUAAAGUGGCUUCAUCAUAUCUUUAAUAAUAUAAGAAACAAGAAAACGUUUGAAAAAGGUUGUGGAAAAAAAAUGGAUUCAGCUUCAAAAUAUGAGGUUGAUGUGACCACGUGUUGUAUACAAAAUGUGACAGUAUUUAUGGACAGGGCCGAAAUUAAUCGCAAACUUACAGUUAUAGCUGUUUCUGGCACUAAUGAAGUUUUGGUACAGAAUCUUCCAUCUGUCAUUGACAAAGAUUCAAUAAGAGUGACUUGUUUUGGCAAAGCAACAAUUGUUGAAGUAGCAUAUAAAGAAAAAUAUAUUCCAGUAAAAGUAGAAACAGAAGAAGAAUUAAAAAUUAAAGAGCAUGAAUAUGUGAAAAUAGAAAAUUCUAUUAAAUUUUUAAAUUCUAAGAAGACACAUCUACUUGGCAGAAUACACGUAGCAGAAAAGGAAAAAUGUUUGCUGGAAAGAUAUAGAGAAUGUAUUUCAACGAAUAAAAACGACACUAUUGCUAAUGUAUUGGAAGAAAAGAAUGUAAAAAACUUAAUGGACUUUCUCGCCAUCUACAAGGAUCGAAGGGAAAAGAUAAUUGAUACAAUACUUCCUUUCAAAGAGGAAUUAGAUGCCAUUUGUGGAGAUAUAGAUGUUUUAAAGCUUGACUUAUAUAAGUUAAAAGCCCCGCAAGCUUCGGAGUGGAAAACAACAAGAUGUGUCUCAAUUCUUCUUGAUGUCAAAGAGAAAGGUUCAGUCACAUUGGUAGUAUCUUACGUUGUUUCUAAUGCAAGUUGGAAGCCAUUGUAUGAUGUGCGAGCAUAUAAUAAAGAUAACACUGUCCAGAUUUUGUAUUUUGCUAAUAUCAAACAAAACACUGGUGAAGAUUGGGAAGAUGCAAAGUUAUCUUUAAGUACUGCAAUGCCAAGUGUUGGUGGAAGUCCUCCUGAAUUGCAACCGCAACUUUUGAAAAUAAAACAACCUGUGAUACUUGUAAAACGUGUAAAACGUAAACCUAAAAAACCUAAAACGCCUCCAACGCCUCAAUAUACCAGUGAUGAAGAAAAAGGAGUAAGACGUCGUUGUCGAAGGAUUGUUUCAAGUGAUGAUGAAGAAGAAGUGAUAGAAAGUCUUUAUCCAGAGGCAACGCUAUCUGAAAGCAUCACAAGCACGAAUUUUGAAAUUACUCGAUUAGCCACAAUUCAAUCAGAUGAUGUAGCACACAAAGUCUCGAUAGCCCAACUGGAUUUCUCAUCUGAACUUGAAUACUUAACCAGACCAAAAGCAGUCACUCAUGCUUUUUUGAAGAUCAAAGCAAAAAACGAAUCUAGACACUCUAUGCUUGCUGGAAAUGCAAAUGUUUUUCUGGAUAAUAAUUUCAUCACAAAGUCUUCAUUACCAUCAGUAAGUCCAAUGGAAGAAUUCGAAGUUGCUUUGGGUGCUGAUCCUGCAGUUAAAGUCACUUACAAUCCCUUGAAAAAGUUUGAACAAAAGACUGGAAUGAUAUCCAAAGCACACGUGUACAAUUUUCAUCAACAAAUUGAAAUUAAAAAUACAAAAUCGUCUCCUAUUAAAAUUACUAUUCAAGAUCAAUGCCCCAAAAGCAACAAUGAAAUGAUAAAGGUUACGCUACAGGAGCCAGAUAUUAAAUUAAUUAAUAAAAAACCAACCAAUGAGCCAGAAGUAAUAAAAAAUGGAAAUGCAACCUUGUAUACAAGUGAUUAUAAAAUUGAAUGGGUUUGCGAUAUUGCUGCUUCUGAGACGAAGAAAAUUGAUUUGAGAUAUCAAGUGGAGCAUCCUGCAGGAACAGUCUUAGCAUAAUGUUAUUUAAAGGUGUAUUCAUACAUUUUCUUAGUAACUGAAUUCCUUCCUUUUUAAGGUUUUAAAUAUUUACAACUUGGAGUUAUUGCAUGUGUAGUGUUUGGAAAUGAACAUUUUAUGCUCAAAAAUAAUUUUUAAUUUUAUAUACCAUUUUUUUCUUAUGUUAAGC